AUUCGCAGCGUUGCAUUGCACCGUUUGACAUCGCCUCUCAACUAACGUAUUCUUUGGAGUCACAAUGAAUUUCUCAAGAGCUCUGUUUUACGUUUUCGCCGUGUUUCUGGUGUGUGCGAGCGUUAUGGCCGCUCCGGAACCGAGAUGGAAGAUUUUCAAGAAAAUCGAAAAGGUGGGUCAGAACAUUCGUGAUGGGAUAAUCAAGGCUGGACCAGCUGUCGCGGUGGUAGGGCAGGCGGCGACCAUCGCUCACGGGAAAUAAAAAGAAAAAAGACAAUAAGAAAAAAAAAACAAUUUGAUUAUUUACAAUCAACCGCUCGAUAGACUGUGAAAGACUUCUUAAUUUAUUAUAUAAAAAUAAAAUUUCUUUAUUU